UGUAGAACGUGCACGAACGUCGAAGUAUCAAACCACGGACCAUUACACAGAGAGGAAUCAAACUACAUGUAAGUUAGGAAGUGUUGCGUUGUUUAACCAACUAGACGAAGCUAAGAAGAUUGGGAAGGUAAGCGAGAUUCCACUAUCUGCAGAUGCUGAGAUAAAAGACACCUGAGGACAACAAAACCGACACAGAAUAAUUCUCAUCUGUGACAACAUCUUCUGAUGAAGAUGGCACCCACAACUUUAGUUAAGUGGCUACCAGCCAUUGCUCUUGUCCUUAUCGUUUCAAUUUCGGUCGGACAAUGUGCCAACUCCAACAACAAUGGGAACCUGACACUAGACAAUGUACCCAGUGAUCACGUCUACCAGUCGAGCGGUGAAUACGAUGAAGGGGGUUUUCCUUUGCCUACAACUUGGGGACUGAUUGACAGUUUCUUGAACACAAUAUCACCUGCUUCUCCACCUUAUGAACUUAUCACUGGCGUAAUCAGUGGACAAACUGCGUUCAGCGUGUCACUGUUAACCGGCAGCAUCUCCUCAUUGACUGGCAACCUAAUGGGCUUUGCGAUUUGCUUCAUCAUCGGUGCACUGUUUGUGGUCAUUUUCCCCAUCGUUGCCCUGUGUUUCUGCUGCUGCCGUUGCUGUGGCAACUGCGGAGGCAAGAUGUACCAGAAGGAAGGCAACUACGACCGGAUCAAGCGAGUUGUCUUUGGCUUCUUACUGGCACUGUGCAUGGGCUUCAUUGUAGGAGGAGUGGCUACUGCAUUCUGCGUCAACACUUUCACCAGCCAGAAGGUUGAAUCUCUUCCCCAGGAUGUGGUCGAUAACAUCGAUGAUAUGGUGUCCUUUGUCACUUACACCUUACAGGAGAUUAACUUCACAGUUGUGGACCAGCUGAACUACACCCUGACUCAAGUGACGCAGGACCUGACUGCUAUUGAUCAGCUUGUUGGAGUGCCAGUCAAGCAGGAGUUAUCAAGCAUCGUACAGCCAGCCAUCGAUGCAAUCUAUCCACUUGAUAACUCCAUCAGCAGUACCUACAAUGGCCUAGUCAACAUCAACACUACACAGGCAAGCGUGGAGGACAUGUGGUUGGAAGUCAAGACUCGCGUAGAUCAGGCCUUCACUGACCUUACCAGUGCUUGUGCAAGCUGUACCGGUAGUUGCUGCUCAGCACCAUCAGCUCCUGAUUUCACUGGACUGAACAUGAACGCGGAUUGGCGGGAUAUCAACUUGGGCAUGGGCCAUGGUUCAUUUCCCCAAACUGUAGUGGACAGCGCAAUUGUUUCUAUGGCUGAUGUCAACAACGCUGAUCUAUCCUCAGCUGCAGAUGAGGGUGCAUCCAACUUCAAUAAUCUGCCAGAGACACUGAAGAACACUACUCAAUCUCAAAUUGAUGCUAUCGUGAGCACCAUCAAUGGUUUGAGUGGGAGCAUCUUUGAUCUUCUUUCAGCAGCCACCAGUCAACUGGCAGGGAUUGUCGGUCAGGUUGAUGGGUAUAGGGAUACAAUCAACAGCUUCACACCAUUCAUCCAGGAUUACGAUCCGUACAGGAGUUAUGCCUUGAUUGGAUUCUACAGUGUCCUGCUAGUCAUUGCAGUCUUGUUCCUCUUUGGUCUCAUUCUGGGAGUUGCUGGAUACAACAGUGAUGUUUCUCCAGCCCAUCGAGGGAACUGCUCCCAUUGUGGUGGCGUCUUCAUGAUGGCAGCCGUUGGCAUUGCGUUUAUCUUCCUGACUUUCUUCAUGCUGUUCACCAUGCUGCUGUUCAUUGUUGGAGGACCUGUUGAUCGUCUCGUCUGUGAUCCAUUGGUAUCUGGGGAGCUGUUUGCAGAGACCAUCGACAAGAAGGAUGCCCUUGGCCCUGGAUACUUCCUGGGACAGACUCUCUUUCAAAACGGCAACAUAUCACUCACCCUCACUGGCAUUCUUGAUGACUGUGAAGCUAACAAGGCUGUGUAUGAAGCCUUUCAGUUGGAUAGCUACUUGAACAUCUCUGCACUACUGGACUUCCAACAGUUUAUUCCCGACAUUGGUAGCCAGUUUACCAACGUGACCGGUGAUCUGACUGACGUGGACAUUCUCACUCCUUCCACAAGGCAGAUCUUGAUCGACUUCCGUGAUUCGCCGGCAGAUAACAUCAACUGGACGCUCUUCAAAGAGGAGCUUGCUAAAGAUCUGACCAACGAUGUCAACAGUGCCGAUGACCUCUCUGUCCUUGCUGGCCUGCUCAAUACAUUUGCUUCAACGCUGUCAGGUGGUGACGUUACUACCUUUCAAAAUUUAGCAACCACUCUGAGUGACAUACAAACCAACUACAUCGCACCUCUCCUGACCGAAAGGGACACUCUUUCAACACACAUCACAGAUCUAGAGAGUGUGACAAGUACCAUAGAUAGUCUUGUGAAUGCAACCAUUGCUGCUGCUGAUUCAGCGCAGGCUCAUCUGGACUCUAGCGGUCCAACCCUCAUAGCACAGGAAGUCGGAGACUAUGAAAAUCGGAUCUUGGGCUACCCUGACCAGUUUGUCACCUAUGCCUUCAACCAGCUUGAGAAUGAGAUUGGGAAAUGCCGCCCAGUGUACAAUCUCUGGACCUCACUCAUCAACAGCUUCUGUAGAGGAAUCCUGGAGUCUGUGAAUGCUUUGUGGCUGAUCAUGGGCUGGUGCAUCUUCUUCCUACUGCCAGCAACCAUCUUUGGAGUCAAGCUGGCCAAGCACUAUCGGCGUAUGGACCGUGAUGAUUCCAGUGGGAAUGCCCACACUAGGUAUGGAAGUGAUGGAGACAUGGAAAUGAUAGUCCAGGAUGGACAUGGAAGCAAUCACUUUUCAAGCAACAAAGUGGCCCCGAGUUACGCGUAAAGAUGCAAAGACUGUCACCAAAAGGCAGUUUGAAGAGGAAACUUAACUGCAGGAAGAUACAACCCAAACAGAUACUACACGCACUGAAUAUUUUAACAGAUCAAGAGGCAUCACCCUUUUGUUGUUAUUUUGGCUUUAAUAGUUUGCAUCCAUGAAUGAUAUAAAAUUCCGAACUGAUUCCGAAAAUUUUCAUAACUAAAUACUUGUCCUAAAACUUGAAGAAUAUAUUAUUCCACUACAUGUAGUAGUUGAAGAGAAAGUCAUACAUACUAAGUUAGUUUUUUUUUAAUCAGUUUUUGUCCAGAUUCUCCAUAAUUUUGAAAAGUUUUUUCUUUAUCCCACUUGUAAGGGUGAAACAUUGUCCCUUAUUGAACUUGAAAUUGUAUAUAUAUGUUUUGUAGGAAUUUAUCAUUUUCACAACAAGAGUGCAGAGUUUUAUACAUCGCCAAACAGAGUUUUUUUUGGUAGAAUUUAGUUUUAAGAGGCUUUUAACUGUUUGCUUUUGUCUUUUACAUAAAUAUUUGUAUUUUUUAUGGGGGUAAAAGUACUUGCUUUAUUUUAUCUAAGAGCCUGACAUUUAACCAACAGGUAAAACAUUUCUUCAAAAUGCAGAUUGCAGUUUGGAGAAAGCUAGGCUUUUAAAUGUUGACUAGCAGUGAGGGCACUAGUGGGCAUAUAUUGGCCCCAUUCCCUAUGAAACUCUACCUCAGUGUAGAUGGGGUUUAGGUGGAAACUAACAUGCCAGAGAGAGAUAGGUUGUAUUUUUAGGUCACUUUAUAGCACUGCAAUUCUUACUGCCAAAAUUUGCCAUUUUCUGAGUUUCAGAUCACCAGAUUUGUCACAACUUGGUGUGACUAGUACUUAACUCCAUGAACAUGUAUCAAGACAGAUACUAUGUUUUGCAAUAUAUUUGGUAACCCUUCUUUGAAGGUCUUUAAUAGCAAAACAGGGUGAAGAAUUAAAAGGGGAAUUGUUAUAAAUAUGUAUAAAAACUUCAGAGUGGUUGACAGCUUUUCGUAAUUUUUUGGAUGUUUUCACAGAUUGAAAUUUUGUGUUUUGCCUUGCACCUUUGAAUACGAUUCGUAUACCCAUUAUACACAACCAACUAUGAUUUUUCUUUACACCAGAAAAAGGUUUCUUAUUUCAAGAAAUUAUUUCUUGCCACCUUUUGCCUAGGAUUGUAUUCUAGAGAGUUGCACAAGAUUUUUUUUCCUGAAACAAGAAAAGUAUUCUUACAUGCUUUUUAAAAGAAAGUGUAUUAUUUUUGGGUAUAUGUUAACAGUGUAUAUAAACUGAACACCUUUAAAAAUGUUCUGAAGUUCAGAUAUUUGUAUAAGAUUAAUGUGUGUAUAUAUUGGCCUGUUUUGCAUAGUAUUGCGUGUACUCAGAAGUGUAAACUUUUACUUUCUUCAUAUCAAGUAAAUUUAUAGGCUGCAAAACUAUUUUAAAAUUUUUUUAAUAGUCGGCUAUAUAGUUUUUCCUGGGGCUCAGUCAGUCUAAAGAGUAUAUAUUUUGUCGUCCACUGAUGCAGAUGCAAAAUUUGGUAAGAGGCUCAUAUUGAAACUUUUGUUUGCUCAUUUACAAGAACUUUUAAGCAAAAUGUCUUGUCUUGAAUUAUACCAUGACUUUUUGUCUUACAUAGUUUUUCAUGAACUUUGCCUGCAGAAAACACCUUGAAAUAUUUGAUGUUUUGACUUUUUUCCGAAAUUUUGAUAUUGUAAAGCCUGGUUCCUACGAAGUUAAUCGCCUUAGUCUUUGAAGAAAGACCUUCGGAUCAUUGUAAAUCUGUAAACACUGUCGGGCUGGGAAGGGAGGGAGCACACAUACGCAUAUACAGGCCUUGGCUAAAUUUAAAAAAAGAAAUGUAAAUAGAAAGUGAUUGUUUGAAUGCUUGCAAUAAUAGUUAUAUAAACAUGUAUUAAAUUGUUUGAUUUUCGGUGAUGGUCAGAUGUUUAGAUCACAAUUUUGAAGUGUGUACAUGUACAACCUAUUCAAGUUAAAGGCCACACCUCAUGGCUGAAAUUUUUCACAAUUUCUGUGAGUAAUUGGCAUGUUUUUAUCGAUUGUCACUUUUGAAACGGUGUUACAUUUUUAGAGUCUUUAUUGUUUAUUCCUAUUGAGUGUGUAAGUACUUAAACGUUGACGUUCCUGCAAACAUUCCAUGUUAGAGGCUUUCUUGUAAUGAGGAGGUUUUAUUUGGAAAUUGAUUUAUACUUUGUUUAGUUUUACUUUCCACCUAUAUUUUUCUACUUAAUGGAAGUGCGUUCGUGUAUUAAAGCCUUUGUGUUUAUUCAAA